AUGUCUGCUCCCCGCUCUCCCGCUGCGCCGGGGCGCACGCCCACCGCAUCCCGGCCCAAUUCUCCGUCCAAGCCCGGCCUCGGUAUCCUGCGCACCUUGACCCACACUCCGCCUGUCAUCCGCGAGCCGCCAGUUGUGCUUGGAGUGUGUGCCAUGGACGUCAAGGCCCGCUCCAAGGCAAUGCGUGAGAUCCUCACCCGCCUCAACCAGAUCCAAGGUGGCGGCGUCGAGGUCAAGAUCUUUGGCGACGUCGUAAUUCUUGAUGAAGACAUUGAGCGUUGGCCCCAAUGCGACGUUUUGAUUUCGUUUUUUUCUACCGACUUUCCACUGCCAAAGGCUCUGGCUUAUACCCAGAUCGCUACGCGCACCCCACCAAUCAGUAUUAACUCGCUUGCAAUGCAAAGCCUCCUUUGGGACCGACGUAUCGUGUUGGCUAUCCUCGAUCAUAUCGGCGUGCCAACCCCCAACCGCGCCGAGAUCAACCGCGACGGCGGGCCUCGCGUGCCCCGCUUCCUCCGCCAAAGGGCACGGCGAGACCUUGGCCUCAUCCUGCCCGGCCAGAAGGCCAAGGACGAGGACUCGUGGGACCCUCUCGUCGUACCCGACCGCUGGAAGGCAAAGCGCACCAAGGAAGACGUGCCGCGCGCUCGUGAGGUCCUCCUCCGCGCCGACGGUGACGCCAUCAUCGUCGACGGCCAUGUCAUUGAGAAGCCCUUUGUCGAGAAGCCGGUCAACGGCGAGGACCACAAUGUCUACAUCUACUACAGGGGCGGUGGUGGGCGCAGAUUAUUCCGCAAGGUCGGCAACAAGUCGAGCGAGUACGACCCCGAACUGUACCACCCUCGCACGGUAGGCUCGUACAUUUACGAGGAGUUUAUCAACGUCGACAACGCCGAGGACGUCAAGGUGUACACUGUGGGCCCGCACUUUGCCCACGCCGAGACGCGCAAGUCGCCGGUUGUAGAUGGAUUGGUCCAGCGCAACGCCGACGGCAAGGAGACACGCUUCAUCACCAAGCUCUCAGAGUCAGAGGAUCAGUUCGCCCGCGACAUUGUCGAGGCGUUCGGGCAGCGUGUGUGCGGCUUUGACCUUCUCCGCUGUGGCUCGCGCAGCAUGGUCAUUGACGUCAACGGCUGGUCGUUUGUCAAGGGUAACCAGGCGUACUAUGACAAGGCUGCCGAGAUUCUCUCAGACGUCUGCGACAAGGCUCGCGAGCGCAAGCUCGCAGAGAUCGCGGCCGCCAAGCCAGACAACGCGCUCAUGCCACCGCCAGCGGAGGCGUCGACCAGCACCCUACGGGCGACUGUCACUGUCCUCCGCCACGCGGACCGUACACCCAAGAUGAAAAUCAAGUUCACUUUCCCCGCGCAUGAGCCGUGGGCCCAGCCGUUCCUCGCACUGUUGCGUGGCCACCGUGAGGAGAUCAUCCUCCGUGACCCGCGCCAGCUCAACUACAUCCUGCUCGCGGCUGAUGAGGCGGCAAAGGUCCCCGGCAUUGCACCCGAGAUCAUCACCAAGCUCGAGGCGCUCAAGGAGGCCCUUAACAAGAAGAUGUCCAUGCCCGGCACCAAGGCGCAGCUCAAGCCGUCGUUUGCCAAGAAGAAGGGCGCCGACGGCAAGGAGAAGAAGGAGAAGAAGGAGAAGAAGGACAAGGACGGUGGCUCUGACGACGAGGGUCUCGACGAGACUGAACGCAACAAGCGAGUCGACGACUGGCUCAAGCGUGGCAGCAUGGGUAAUGUUCCCGCUGGUCAGUCUGCGCUGUCCACUCUCCCCCCUGCGACGCCACCCGCCGUCGCGCCUGGUGAACCAGUCCCUGCCACGCCUCAGAUGUUGGCAGUGCUCAGCGGUAACACGCAACACUACGGCAUCCCCGAGGGCCUGGAGAAGAUGCAGCUCGUCGUCAAGUGGGGUGGAGAGAGUACCCAUGCCGCGCGGUACCAGGCACGCGACCUCGGUGACCAGUUCAAGAAGGACAUUAUGAUCAUGAACAAGGACGUACUCAACAAUGUCAAGAUCUACACGUCGUCCGAGCGCCGUGUCAUCAACACGGCCCAGGUCUUUGCGCACGCCCUUCUUGGCGUCGAGGGAGGCUCGGUGACAACGAACGUGACCUCGCGCACGGGCGCUGUGGUUCCUGAACCCACGGGCCCUGUUAUUUCACACCUUGUACAGCGCCGCGACCUGCUCGACGACAACAAUGCGGGCAAGGAGAUGAUGAACGCCGCAAAAAAGAAGCUCAAGAUGCUCUUACGCUCUGGGGAGACGGAGAAGCGUUCCGACCUUGCGUGGCCCAAGGGCAUGAAGGAGCCCGUCGAGGUCGUCAAGGAGGUCAUUGCGCAGCUGACCGAACUCCGCGCGAUCAUGCGGGCCAAUUAUGAGAACGGUAACGUCGAGAAGAUCCCUCAGCAGCGCUGGUGUUCGGGCGACUCGCCGUGGUUGUUCCGCGAGCGUUGGGAGAAGAUCUUUGACGACUGGGUCGGUGUCAAGCAGGAGAAGUUUGACCCGUCCCGCGUGUCCGAGCUGUACGACUCUAUCAAGUACGACUCGCUGCACAACCGCAACUUUUUGUUUGCGGUGUUCGACCCCAAGGGCAAGGGCCUGUCGUCGCGCGCUGGUGCCGAGCAUCAAGAUCGGAGACUGCAUGAGCUCUAUGCGCAUGCCAAAGUGCUCUUCGACCUGGUGUCGCCGCAAGAGUACGGCUUUGACGCCGAAGAGAAGGAGGAGAUUGGUGUACUGACAUCUCUUCCGCUGCUACGCAAGGUGUGGGGUGACCUCGAGGAAGCCAAGACGACGGGCAAGAGCUUGGCUUGCUUUUACUUUACCAAGGAGAGCCACAUUACAACCUUUGUGCACCUCCUGCUUGCAAGCGGGCUGCCGUUUACAAAUGUGCGCAUUCCCGAGCUCGACUACUGCUCGCACGUCACGAUUGAGUUAUGGGAGAAGAGCACGCCACGGAAUGGGCAGUCGGUCAAGGACUUUUCGAUCCGGUUGUCAAUCAGCGAGGGCGCUCAUUCGCCUGCGGUGCUGGACAGCAAUGUCGAUGCUCGCCACUCUCUCACGGUACAGCCUCGCAAGAAGCUGACGAUGCACGUCGAUUGGGCUCUGGCCGAGAAGUGUCUUUCAAAGCACUUUGACAAGGGCCUCACGUUUUCAACAACGCCACUUGAGGGUGACGAGGUAUACCUUCAGAAGACGGUGCAUGAUGAGGCGGUACUUCCUUUGUCGUUGUCACGGGGUGAGGACACUCCAAGGGGAGGUCACAUGUCGUCUUCGAGCUCGUUCCGGAGCACGGCGAGUGAUGCGGGAUGGGGAUAG